AUGGGUGCCAGGUUCAUUGGUGGAACGUCAGGAAAUCUGUUGGGAAUCGCAUCCAUAUGCCCCUUUGCGUCAUUGUCGAGUUCUUUGAAAAACAUUUCAGUCGUCGUCAAUGUCGAACACGUCGUGUUCAUGUGCUGCGCCGUUGUCUCUAUGUUGGAGUUUACCUACUGGAGUAUAUCGGCCAGUGACGGAGUUUGCGGAUCCAGUUCAUCAGCAGUAGAACUGUAA